AUCGAGUCGUUCGAGGUCUUUGUAGAGAUAUGAAUCACCUACUCCGUACAUCUACUCGGUACAACCCCCGGCGCCCUUCCAAUUGACAUUCUACAACACUACAAGAUAGCCACUGUCUGCGUCUUGACAAAUAUACUGCGCAGCGCGUCCUCACCCUCACUGGCGUCCCUUGUUCUCCCUCUCCUCCCUCUCUGGUCGUCCCUCCGCAGUUACUGAAAUACACACCAUGUCACUCCCUCGGCUAUUGCGCACGCCCUGCGCACGAAGUCUUACAAAAGCAACAUUCACACCAUCCUCCACACGGAUAUCACUCGCGUCCAGACAAUUCUCACUGUCCCGCAGGAGGCUAGAAGCUCUGGCACUCGACGAUGACCUCCAAUCCAAGCUACCGGGAAUCGACCCGUCAAGGGUCGAAGUCACAGAAACAAUCACCCCCAAAUCCCUCGUGGCGAAUCAAGAUCUCGUCUUUGGGAGGACGUUUACAGGUACGUUGGGGGGAACAACACACACGUGUUAGAAAGGAAAAAGAGUGACCCAUGCCGCCAAGAUGCAGAAAUUUGAAAAAGUACAAGAACUUACUCUAUUGUGCCAUAUAGACCACAUGCUAUCUAUCGAAUGGACGGCCGGACAAGGCUGGCUGGCACCGAGAAUCACACCUUACCAGAACCUCUCCCUCGACCCGGCGACAUGCGUAUUCCACUACGCCUUUGAAUGCUUCGAGGGGAUGAAGGCGUACAAGUGCGCCAAGGACGAUUCGCUGCGACUUUUCCGCCCGGACAAGAACAUGGCCCGCAUGAACAAGUCGGCCGCCCGCAUCGCCCUGCCCACCUUCGACGGGGACAAGCUGACGGAGCUGAUCGGCCGACUGUGCCGGUUGGACGAGAGGUUCAUCUCGUCCGAAAAGGGUUAUUCACUGUACAUCCGCCCGACGCUGAUCGGGACGCAGCGGACGCUGGGGGUCGGCCCACCGGGCUCUGCCCUGCUCUACGUGAUCGCGUCGCCCGUGGGCCCCUACUACCCGACCGGGUUCAAGGCCAUCUCCCUGGAGGCCACCGACUACGCCGUGCGCGCGUGGCCGGGGGGCGUGGGCGACAAGAAACUCGGCGCCAACUACGCGCCGUGCAUCGUGCCGCAACUCAAGGCCGCGAAAAAGGGUCUCCACCAGAACCUGUGGCUGUUUGGGCCCGAAGAGUUCAUCACCGAGGUCGGCACCAUGAACCUGUUUGUGUGCAUCAAGAACAAGGAGACGGGACAAAAGGAACUGUUGACGGCCCCCCUGGACGGGACCAUCCUCGAAGGCGUCACGCGGGACUCGGUGCUCGCCCUGGCCCGCGAGCGACUCGAGCCCGAAGGGUGGAAGGUCGUGGAGCGCUACGUCAAGAUGCAGGAACUCGCCGACGCCGAGGCCGACGGACGGCUGAUCGAGGUGUUCGGCGCCGGCACCGCCGCCAUCGUGGCGCCCGUGAGGAAGAUCUCCUGGAGGGACCGCAUGCUGGAUUGCGGCCUGAAGCCGACCGAGGAGGCGGGGGAGAUCGCUCUCCGAAUGAAGGGUUGGAUCGAGGGUAUACAGUAUGGCGAUGAGGAUCAUCCAUGGAGUGUAAAGAUUUGAUCAAAAAAAAACCCCUUGAACAGAGAACUUUUUCACCUUUUUUUCAACUACUCUUGGUAUCCUCGAAAAGAGUGAAUUGUCAAUAUAGAUGUGAUGGAAAGGGGAGAGAGAAAAAAGAACACCGACACCCGAGUCAGGUAGUAGGGGAGAGAUAGAAUGAGAAAGCGAAUCGCAGCGUCGUUUUUUUUGAGAGCCAUCUUUUAUCAGUCCAGAUUUUCAUGUUUGAAUACCUAAAGUUCAG